AUGAAGUACCUGCUCAGUGUUGCCUUGCUGAUGGCCAUCGGUCUGCAGCAGAUCGAUGCCCACGGCAUGAUGCUGAAUCCUCCGAGUCGCUCGUCCCGCUGGCGCUACGAUGGUUCCGCUCCCCAGAACUGGAACGACAAUGAACUCUUCUGCGGUGGUUUGUAUACCAUGUCCAACAAUGGAAAUCGGUGCGGACUGUGCGGCGACAAUUUCUUGGAUGGACAGCCGCGUGCCAAUGAGAUCGGAGGAAAUAUUGGUGGGUAUGGUGUCGUUACCAGGAGCUAUCCCGCUUCCAAUGCCAUCACCGUGGGCGUGAAGAUAACCACCAACCAUUUGGGCCACUUCGAGUUCCAUUUGUGCAACCUGGAUGCCUUCGGCCAGGAGUCCGAAGACUGUUUCAAUCAGAACCGCCUGCGCUUCCCCGAUGGCAGUGAACGGCUGUACAUUGGUGAACAGAGAGACGAGUUCGAUGUGACUGUUCUCCUGCCCGAGAAUCUUACCUGCACCCACUGUGUCCUCCGCUGGACCUAUGUUGGAGGCAACAACUGGGGCAUCUGCGAUGAUGCCGGCAAUGGAGCUUUGGGCUGUGGACCCCAGGAAACCUUCAAGAACUGCGCCGAUGUGAGCAUCAAUUGGGGCCGUAACAUUCUCAAGGAUACGGCUGCCUCUGAUGUCGAUGUCGUUGAGGUGCCCGUUGAGGUGGCCUAAGAACUCCAUACCCAGCGAACAACGAACUGCCAUCAAAGUCUGAAGGUGUCAAACACC